CUAUUGCCUUUUGCCAAAGAAAAAAAAAUCUAUUAUAGUAUGGAAUCUAGAUUUCAUGAUCAUUUUUAAAAGUUUGUGGUUUAUGGUGUCAAAUGUCAAUACAGUUGUUUGCUUGUUUAUAUCCAGACGAGUUUUCUGAUUUUUUUAUUUUGACUCGUUAUUACUGUUUCUUUUAUUUAUGUAAAUGCUGUUCACAAAUAUAAAAAUAACAUUAACGAGUACUGAAUAUGUAUAAAUGAAAGUAGUGUGUUUGUGACUGUAAUAUAGUCUAUAACUGUGAAGGGUUUCUCUUUAAAGUUAUUUGUUGACUUGCAAAGGUUUUGAAUUUAUACUUUUGUAUAAGAAAAAAUGGAUAAUCUUGAUAAUACCGUGUCAGUAUUAGCAAUGUUAGAUAAUCAAUCAUAUAAACCUAGCAUGGAAAUAACAUCUUUCAAUCAUGGACAUCCUAUGAAUCAAGAAGAAACGGAGCUCAAUGAAAGCAGUAAACAAAAUAUAAUUUGGACUAAAAAUGCAACAUGCAUGCUGUUGAAUUUAUAUGAAACAAAGAUGCAUAUGCUUGAUAAUCCAAAAAAGAAAUCAAAAAUGUGGUCAUCAAUAGCUGAAGAAUUAAAGGCAAUGAAUAUUGAGGUAACUCCAGAUCAAGUGAGAUGGAAAGUAAAUGCUUUAACAAAAAAGUACAAAGACUGCAUUGAUAAUGGGCAAGGAUCAACAACAUUCAAAUAUUUCAAUGAAAUGCAUCAAAUUCUGGGGCGUUAUAAUAAUGAAGAUAAUGCUUACAGAUUAGCAUCUACUGUGAUGCAUGUAGAGGGUGGUGAUAAAGAAAGGCAUAAAAGAAAUAUCUCAUUAAAAUCCUCAGUUCCUUUUCGUCGGCUUAGAGCUGAACGUAGAGCUAAGUUAGAAUUAGAUAAACAAUGGGUAGAAUACCUGAGAAGACAAGAAGAACACAAAUUAGAAAGAGAUGAAAGAUGUGAAAGAAGUUUAAGAUUAAGAGAAGAAGAAUUGCAAUUAAAAAGAAAGGAACUAGAAAUCAAACAAUCGAUAGCUUUAAAAAAAUUACAAUUAAAAGAAAAAAAACAAGAAGAAAUUCUCAAAAUAGAAAGAGAAAAAUGUGCUUUAUUAAGAAAAUUAUUAGAAGAUCAAUAAUUAUAAGAAGUUAAUAGAUAUU